UCCUCGAUUGCACAUUUAAUGGGUCUUUCUAUAACUCAAAAACUGGCGUCGUUUCUUUUAAUUUCUUCUGUCUUGUGCAAAGAGCUCUCGCCUCUCUUUACCUCCCUCCCUUCUCUUUUCGAUAUAAAAUCGAUUCUCUGAAACUACGAAGCGACCCACAUACGUUUCAAAUGGCUGGAGCAACUCCGACCACUUACUCGCCGUCCCCUACAACCCGGAAAACCAAAUCUCUCAUCUUUCGAAACGACGACGUCGAUUGGGUCCGAACCGAUGGCCGUGAUUUCCACCAAUGCAGACCUGCCUUUUUCAAGAUUGGUGCUGUAAAUGCUGCUGCAGGAUCUGCAUAUGCAGAAUUUGGAAAUACCAAGGUCAUUGUUUCUGUAUUUGGGCCAAGAGAGAGUAAGAAGGCAAUGUUGUACAGUGAUAUAGGCCGGUUGAAUUGUAAUGUUAGCUAUACAACUUUUGCCACUCCAGUUCGUGGACAGGGGUCAGACCACAAAGAGUUUUCUUCAAUGCUUCAUAAAGCUUUGGAGGGUGCAAUAAUAUUGGAAACUUUCCCCAAGACUACAGUGGAUGUUUUUGCAUUGGUGUUGGAAUCUGGGGGCAGUGAUCUUCCCGUAGUAAUAUCAUGUGCUAGCCUUGCUUUAGCAGAUGCAGGGAUAAUGAUGUAUGACCUUGUUGCCUCAGUCUCUGUGUCUUGUCUCGGAAAGAACCUUGUUAUUGAUCCUGUUCUGGAGGAGGAAAGCUACCAAGAUGGAAGCUUAAUGCUUACUUGUAUGCCUUCACGCUAUGAGGUCACUCAGCUAACCAUAACAGGGGAAUGGUCAACCCCAAAACUUAACGAGGGAAUGCAGAUAUGCCUGGAUGCCUGUGCAAAGCUUGCAACAAUCAUGAGGGAAUGCUUGAAAGGACCUGAUUCGGCUUUGGAAGAAUAGAAUAAAUUGUUUGACUAAUACGAGAGAAAUUUGGGUCCGAAUUAGUUCACCUUUUUUGAUAUCUGAUAUAUAUAUAUAAAUAUAUAUAUAUAUAUAGAGGCCCGAUCAGGAGCGGACGUCCGCACUUUCGCUAAAGUGCGGACGUCGAUGCAGCAGCGGCUUCCAGGCGGCGGCGGAGGCACAUGGAUGGCCGGAGGGAGGCCGGAGGCGUCCCAGACCUCUUCUGGGCCGCGUUCAAGGUCGGAGGAGGUCGGGCUUGCCGGUUUCUGGGCAGCCACCUCACCUGCAGUUGCAGGUUUUGUGCAGCACCCCAGAACCAUCGCCGGCGACUCCACCGGACCGCAGACCCCUCCGCACGACCCUCAGUGUCCCUCCGGCAAGCCAAGCCGCGCCGUCGCCGCUCGAUUGAGGCCGGAGGAGCGACGUCCGCACUUUUUCUGAGUUGCGGACGUCCGCUCCCGAACGGCUUUCUAUAUAUAUAUAUAUAUAUAUAUUUGGUUUGAUGUAUUGU